AUGGCGGAUAAUCCAAUGUACAAGACGGACGGGAUAUCAUCUACCGAGGUCUCGGAGAUGGACAAAGAGGUGAUGUCUUCGAUGGUGGAGGACGAGUCCAAGACCAUGAAAGAGCUCGUUGCCGCACUGUCAGACCCUGAGGACACGAUCGAGCAAGUGAGGGCGAAGGAGACUGCGCUAGAGGAGCUGGUGGACAGAUGCGACAAGAUCGACUAUGCUGUAGCCUUGCACUCGUUCGCCAACGGUUUGUUUCCUACGAUCGACCUCCUAGGGAGCUCGAAGCACGGGAGCAUCCGCAGCCUUGCGGCGGAGCUGGUGGCCCUCUGCGUGAAGGACAACCCGCCAUGUCAGGCCUGGGCGUUCGAGAGGGACGCUCUGAAGCUGCUGCUGGACCUGCACUCGGGGAGGGUUGGGGGGGAAGACGACGCUGUGGGGGAGACUGAGCGGGUGAAGGCUAUCUCUGCCAUCUCAGCGCUGAUUCAACACAAUGAUGAUGCAAUCAAGGCGUUUCUAUGGGCUGGAGGUCUCGACAACAUGAGACAGGAUCUCCACAUGCAAGUGGGCGCACGACUCAGGGGGAGAGCAUGCUUUGUGCUUCAAUGGUUGUUCGAGAGUUCGAAAGAAGCAUGCAAGCAGGCGGUCGACAAGAGAUUUGCUCCGCUUCUCUUUGCCAUUCUCCUCGAAUCGGAAGAAAUUGAGUAUGCGGGGCGAGCGCUGCGAAGUCUGGUGAAAUGCGACUCAACAAGUUGCGCCGAGCAGAUCAGGGUAGAGGAAGGAGAGUGGAGGGCCAGGUUGAACAGGAGGUUGGAAAGUCUUUCAUCCAGCGAGAGCGAGGACGAGAGGCAGAUCGUCGAGGAGCUGGUGCGAUUGUUGUCAUGA